AGUGGCGACGCUGGCGGCCCCGGAGCCUGCGGACGGCGGCGGCGGCGGCGGCGGGCCGGGCGGCGGCGUGGACCCCCGCGGCGCCGGCUGGGGCAUCACCGCCGGCCUCGACCCCGAAAUGGCGCUGCUGGCCGAGCACCUGCUCAAGCCGCUGCCCGCGGACAACCAGAUCGAGACGGGGCCCUUCCUGGAGGCGGUGUCCCACCUGCCGCCCUUCUUCGACUGCUUCGGCUCCGCCGUCUUCACGCCCAUCAAGGCAGACAUCAGCGGCAACAUCACGAAAAUCAAAGCCGUGUACGACACCGACCCCGCCAAGUUCCGGACGCUGCAGAACAUCCUGGAGGUGGAGAAGGAGAUGUACGGGGCCGAGUGGCCCAAGGUCGGGGCCACGCUGGCACUGAUGUGGCUGAAAAGGGGUCUCCGCUUCAUCCAGGUCUUCCUCCAGAGCAUCUGCGACGGGGAGCGGGACGAGAACCACCCCAACCUCAUCCGCGUCAACGCCACCAAGGCCUACGAGAUGGCCCUGAAGAAGUACCACGGCUGGCUGGUGCAGAAGAUCUUCCAGGCCGCGCUCUACGCCGCCCCCUACAAGUCGGACUUCCUGAAGGCGCUGUCCAAGGGCCAGAAGGUGACGGAGGAGGAGUGCCUGGAGAAGACCCGCCUCUUCCUGGUCAACUUCACGGCCACCAUCGACGUCAUCUACGACAUGUACACCAAGAUGAACGCAGAGCUCAACUACAAGGUCUAGGCCCUGGCGCCUGGCCCUGGGUCACUGCAGGGGCCCCUCGGCCACCAGCGCCUCCCAGAGGCCGCUAAGCCCGGCCUGGGGCUGCACGCACAAGCCCCCUGGUGGGCGGAUUUUGUUGUUGUUGUUGUUGUUAGUUUUUGGUUUUAGUGUUUGAGCCACAGCCCGCGAUGCUCAGGGCCGACUCCCGGCUCUGCACUCAGGGAUCACUCCUGGCGGGGCUCAGGACACCUGGCGGGACGCCGGGGGUACCCCCGGGUGGGCCACGCGUGCAAGGCAGACACCCACCCACUGUGCUGUCGCUGCCGUCCACCCCCCCACACACACCCUUUUUUAUUUUUUUUUAAUUUGCAAGACACCCUUGGGGCCUGUCCUCACUGAGCAGGACACAACCGCCUUGGGACCGCGCCCUGCACAGACGGCCUUGACACUUUGGUUUCUGUGGGGGUGGGGGAGCAUCUAAUUAAUCAAGUCCUAGGGGCUCCUUUUUUUUGUUUGUUUUUGCCACGAAGGCAAGCAUGGCCCCCUCCGCCCCUCCCCCCUCCCCCCCAAGACAAGCACGCAUCCCUGGCGAGGCGCCGGCUGAAACGGUUUGGGGCAUGUCGGGGGCCAGGGCUUUGAUCUGAAAUUACACAGAGCCCCCCACCCACGGGGGGAUUUUAGUUUUCGAAGCAGACUGGCCCGUGUGCUCCUGUGGUCGGGCAGCCCCGCCGGGCGGCUCCGUGAUUACAGAGCUGCGCUCUCUCGCCCUCGGGUGCCCGGCUUUUUAUAGCUCAGGCCAACCAGCGAGUGUUCGGGGAGGGGGCUUUCAUUUCAAAGCGCUCAGGCGAAGCGUGGCACCCGCCCCCCCCAGGCGACUGCACUGCGUUCUUCUGCAUAGUUUCCGUCUCCUGCACUGCCCCCCCCCCCCCGGAGCCCCCCACCGUGGGUGUCCUCUCCAGGGGGCAGAGAGGACAAACCCCUCCGGCUGCUGAGACGCGGGAAACACCUCACUGCCUUAAGCGUCCUGCCCGGCCAGCGCUGAACAGAACCGUCUGGGCGGGCAGAGUCAUUCCCAAAGAAUCGUUAAUGUGUGUGUUGUGUUUUUUUAUUUAAAAAAAAAAAACGAACAAACAAACACAACCCAAUGAGAAGCAAUUGGUGAUUUUUACGCAGAAAUGAAAGAAUCUUGAAUAAAAUCUCUAUUUUGGA